GCGAAGAGCGAGUAGAGGUAUGGUUUAAAAACCGAAGGGCGAAGUGGAGGCGACAAAAAAGAACAGCAUUUGGUGUGCAAGACCUGGACGACUAGAAAAUGGUGUACCGUAUUAUACACUUGUAUAUAUUUUCUAGACAUUUUUGGAUACUUUAUCCAAUGCAAUGAUGAAGGCUAGAAUAAUUCUAAAAGCGUCACUGACUGACAUUUCCGGUGACGGAGAAAUUGUCGCUGGAUAAUGGGAGUAGAAAGGAGGCUCGAGUUUGAAGUAGAGGGAGUACAGGGCUUUGCAUGUCUCUUGGGGAGGCUAAAAGUAGAUUUUGGCUUGGAAGAGUUACACAUUUUCAGGAGUCGGGAAGAGGAUUGGAGGGAAAGAGAGAGGAGGUUGAAAAGACUAAGGGAGACGGAGGAUUGGUUUCAAUCUGUUGAAGCUAGCAAAAAGAAGGAAGAAUUUAGAGAAGAUCAUCCAGAGGGACUUUUUUCCAGAUGUGACAAAGUUACAAGCGCAGAAGGACUACCUUGAAGCUGAGGAAAAUGGGGAUCUUGGGAAGAUGAGGGAGAUAUCCAUUAAAUAUGGGUCAUCUUUAGCCAAGUCCACACCGCUCUCCAAUGCCCCAUAUGUUACUCCAGCUUCUUUUGAGACACCAGAGGGUCGUCCUGGAUCGCCCUCUUCUGUACUGGGCAAAACCAAGAAAGGAGCAGACUGUGUGAAUAAGGAAGGAGAUGAGGAGAAAGAGCUGCCAUGUCUUGAUCGUUUCCUGGCUAAGAACACAAGCGAGGAUAAUGCAUCCUUUGAACAGAUCAUGGUUCUAGCAGAAGACAAGGAGAAGUUGAGGCAUUCGUGGUUAUAUGAGGCGGAGGCUGAAUUUAAACAGCGGCAUGAAGAAAACCUUGCGCUGCCGUCAUCAGAGAAGCAAGCCCUUGAGUGUGUAAAGGCAGGACUAGAGACCUGGGAGUACAAAGCAAAGAAUGCCCUUAUGUACUAUCCAGAGGGUGUCAAGGAUGAUGACACCCUCUUCAAGAAGCCUAGAGAGGUGAUUCACAAGAACACUCGUUUUGUGGGAGACCCCUUCAGCAAAGCCCUUAACAAAUGCCAGCUUCAGCAGGCUGCAGCCCUUAAUGCACAGUUCAAACAGGGUAAAGUAGGCCCAGAUGGCAAAGAGCUUAAUGCCCAGGAUUCCCCUAAUGUUAACGGAUAUGGGUUUGAAGGAACUCCCUGCCCUUCCCCAGGUAUGGCUGAGUCCCCCUUGAUGACCUGGGGAGAGAUAGAGAGCACCCCCUUUCGCUUGGAUGGGUCUGACUCACCGUUUCAAGAGCGGAAUAUUGGCCCAUCGUUCAAGAUUCCAGAACCAGGAAGAAGAGAGCGGUUGGGUUUGAAAAUGGCCAAUGAGGCUGCAGCCAAAAACCGGGCAAAGAAGAAAGAAGCAUUGCGAAAGGUCACAGAAAAUCUUGCAAGUCUCACACCAAAAGGCCUGAGCCCAGCAUUGACCCCUGCCCUUCAGAGGCUUGUAAACCGGACCUCCAGCAAAUACACAGAUAAAGCUCUAAGGGCAAGCUACACACCAUCUCCCACACACAGAGGAGCAGGCUCCAAAACCCCCCUGGGUGGUCCAGCCACUCCCUCAGGCACUCCGACACCAAGCAAAGCCAGGACCCCCGCCUCCCAGGACCCAGCGUCCAUCACAGACGACCUACUGCAGCUCCCCAAGAGGAGGAAAGCCUCUGACUUCUUCUGACCGUGGUAAAGCAAAAUCGAGAAAGAACAGUUAUCUUGAGGAAGUGAACUCAAGCAAAUUACUGGCCAUGGGGUGUUUCUCUCUACCCCAACCCAUGCCCUCCCUCUGGAUUUUAUGGACUUUUAUGACUGGAACAGUCUGUGCACAAAGGGCAAAGAGUCAAAAUGUAAAUUCUGAAUUCAAGGAUAGUUGCAAAGCUCAGGUCAUUACUGUUCUUAGGGUGUUGGAAAGAAAGGCAUAGCAUGUACUGUGUUUGAAACCUUCCAAGACUGGAUUACUGAAAUCUGUGGGUUCCAGAGAGAUCCCAUAAUUGUACAUAGACUAAAAGGAUUAGAAUGUUAGUGAAUGUUAUGAGGCUUCAAUGAUUUUUGUAAAUAUGUUCAUGUAAGCCUCUAUUUUGUAUGCCUCUUUCUGCAACAUGAUAUUUCAGUUUUCAACCUAAAAAAUGCCUUCAAGUGAUUUGUUUGUAAACCUGAAAUGUUGACACUCACCUUUUAUCAUAGCAGACUCAACAUCUGAAGAAAUGUAACUAAGUCUAUAUGGUUAAUCUUAACAAAGAUGUAUGCUUCAUUUAUUUGUAACUAAUUUGGUGGAAAAAAAUCCAGCAUUUCAACAUGAAUCAGCAGGGAUGUCAUUCCUUGCAUCUGGGGAUGAUUCUUUCUUGGUGUGCUUAGAUGGUUCAGCUGCCUUUUU